CUGUAGAUCUGCUUCAGUCCCCAACCAGUUCACGAUACAGAAGUGUGGUGAUGGCCAUGCUGAUUAUUAUCGUGGUACUUGGGAUCGUCCCCGUGGCUGUAUCAGACAACCCGUGUGCCCGAGACAGACUGGGGAACUAUUGGUUCGGACCUUCCUGCAGGUUCCAGUGCCACUGUUUCGACAGAAGACAAUGUGACUCCACAACAGGAAGCUGCUCUUCCUCCGGAUGUGAGAAGGGAUACUUUGGUCCCGGCUGCCAGUACUUCUCCAUUGCCCACGAACAACCAACAACACAAUCCAGUACUUCGUCGAGGUCAUCCUCUGCUGUAGACGGUUUCACCUCCACCAACUCGUUAACACGAUCCACCCUGGACCCAACAUGGAGCGUGGAGUUACAACACCCUGCCUGGAUAGUCUGGGUGGACGUCAAUGUGCCAGCGAAUUACGGAACGCGGGAAAUAGCAAUGACAACAAGAAACAAAGACACGGUCGUGCCGUGUAACGCUACGAACACUUGGAUCACGUCUACAACGUUGAGAAUCACGUGCAGGAACGUCGUCAACGCCACCAACAUAACACUUAUCGGAACAGAGUCAACGGAGUCCAGACUGGCUUUGAGUGAAGUACAAGUUUACGGAGAUGAUGUGCGACUCAAAGAAUUUCGCAUCCGUUUGGGGAAAGCAGGCGUAAGUGGUUUGAAACGAGUAUACCAAGAUCGGUCCGAUACACCACCGGAAGUGACGUCAGUACAGAUGCCAGCCAGUCGAACGGCCAACAGACUGGAGGUGACCUUGAGAGGAGACUGCAAGAUAUUGACGCUGUGCGAAGUUCAGGUGUUUGGUGACUGUCUCGACUACAAAUAUGGCUUAGAAUGCAACUUCACCUGCCGUUGUCGUGACCGAGCGGAAGUGUGCAACAAGGUCGACGGCAGUUGCGUGUCAGGCUGCGCAGAUGGCUUUACUGGAGUUGACUGUAAACAAGAGUGCCCAGAAGGACGCUACGGCUUCAACUGCACGAACAACUGCAGCAGCAACUGUGUCGACACUCACUGUCAUCACGUAGAUGGCACGUGCAAGUGUGUUCCCGGAUGGAUGGGAGAUAGAUGUACAACGGUCUGCGACCAGGGGACCUAUGGACACGAAUGCAGUAACAAAUGCUCCUCAUGCAGAGACUCCAUCUGUCACCCUGGCAACGGCACGUGCAUCAUGGGAUGUCAGCGUGGUUGGACCGGAACACAGUGUGAUACAGAAUGUGACACUGGUACCUUCGGCUGGGGAUGUAACGAGACAUGCGCAGUAAAUUGUGCUGAGCAACGUUGCCAUGGAGACACGGGCGUUUGCGCCAGUUGUAUUGACGGAUGGGAGGGCGCAAUGUGCGACUCAGUCAAAAAGACAAACAUGACGACGGUGGCUGUGGCUGUUGUCGUCACCCUGCUGCUGUUGAUUGCGGUUGUCGUCAUCAUCGUUGUUUGUCGAAGGAAGUGAGUAUAGCGUUGAUGAGUAUCACUCACCACCAU